CUUCCACGAGAGAUUGAUUUUAGCCACCUACCACUUUCGAGUUUUUAUCAUUUUUUUUUUUUAUCGCAGAUUCUGCUUUCAAUUAUCCUGAUAAAAUAGACGCUCGUAAAAAAACUGAGCCUGGUCUCCGUAAAUGCCCCCAGGAGACCCUCUCUCUCUCUCUCUCUCUCUCUCCGCUUCCCUUUUGUAUAAAGCAGUUGGUGAUGGUCGAGCGAAGGAAGUUGGUCUCAUCCCAUUCAUUGCUGCUGAUUUCAGACUGAAUAGACUGAAAAGUUCACACAAGGUCUUCUGUUCGUUUCUCAACGCAGUUGGUGGGAGCCAUGGUCCCUGUUUUACUUUUUGUGUUUACGGUCUUACACAAUGGAGUUUUUGGAGAGGGAGCCGCUCGAAACGUUUCAUCGAGGCCAGUGGUGGUGAAUGUCGGAGCAAUUUUCACAUUUGAUUCUGCGGUAGGCCGCGUCGCCAAGAUCGCGAUUGAUGCUGCAGUAGAUGAUAUAAAUGCCGAUUCCAACGUUCUUCAUGGAAUUAAGCUGAACGUUACCUCUUUGGACUCCAACUCCAGUGGUUUUCUUGGCAUUAUUGAAGCUCUACAGUUCAUGGAGAAGGAUACUGUCGCGAUAAUUGGUCCACAGUCCUCUACGAUUGCUCAUGUGAUGUCACAUGUUGCCAAUGAACUCCAAGUUCCAACUCUGUCUUUUGCUGCAACAGAUCCAUCUCUUAAUUCACUGCAGUACCCAUUUUUCGUUAGGACCACACAAAGUGAUUUGUAUCAAAUGUCUGCAAUCGCUGCUGUUGUUGAUUAUUACCGCUGGAAAGAGGUGGUUGCACUUUAUAUUGAUGAUGAUUAUGGGAGGAACGGUAUCUCUGCUUUGGGAGACAAACUUCAGGAGAGAACAUGCAAGAUUUCUUUCAAAGCCGCAUUGCCUCCUGGUACGACUAACAGUGAUAUCACUGAUGUGCUGGUUAAAUUGGCAUUAAUGGAAUCAAGAGUUAUUGUUGUCCAUGUCAGUGACCCUGUUGCAGGUCUUAUGAUCUUCUCUGUUGCAAAGCAUCUUGACAUGGUUGCCGAUGGAUAUGUGUGGAUAGCUACUGAUUGGCUUUCCUCUUAUCUCGACACUUACCCUGCCAAUUCUGAGACAACAAUUUCACUCCAGGGAGUUCUCAUGACACGACAGCAUGUACCCGAUUCAGAUCAGAAGAAAGCUUUUACAUCCAGGUGGGCCAAUUUGGUCAAGAAAGAGGAAUUGAGAACCUCAAUGUUGGGGUUGAAUACUUAUGGUUUAUAUGCAUAUGAUACAGUAUGGCUAAUAGCACAUGCAACCGAUGCUUUUCUUGAUGGAGGAAGUACUAUUUCUUUCUCGAGUGAUGCAAAAUUGAAAGAUAUAAAACAAAGCAAGAUGAACCUUCAAGCAUUAAGCAUAUUCAGGGGGGAGCAGUUGCUGACAAGAGUACUGGAAGCAGAUUUCAUGGGCUUAACUGGCAAGAUUCAGUUUGAUUCGGACAGAUACUUGGUUCAUCCUGCAUACGAUAUAAUCAAUGUUGUUGGAACUGGGUGCAGAGUGAUCGGUUAUUGGUCUAAUUAUUCUGGCUUAUCAGUGGAGCCGCCAGAAAGCUUCUACUCCAAGCCUCCAAAUGCUUCAAAUCAGCAACUUCGUAGUGUCAUCUGGCCUGGGGAGAGGGCAGCAAAACCUCGUGGAUGGGUUUUCCCAAAUAAUGGAAGGCAGUUAAGAAUAGGUAUCCCCAACAGAGUGAGUUAUAAGGAAUUUGUUUCGCUGGCUGAAAAAAGUGAUACAGUGAAGGGCUUCUGCAUAGAUGUAUUUACAGCUGCAUUGAACAAUUUACCAUAUCCUCUUCCUUAUAAACUCAUACCAUUUGGGAAUGGUAAAGAAAACCCAAGCUAUCGUGAGCUUGUACGGAUGGUUCAAACAGGAUUCUUUGAUGCAGCAGUUGGGGACAUUGCAAUUGUUACCAACAGAACAAAGAUUGUAGACUUUACACAACCUUAUGCAGAGUCUGGGCUUGUUGUUGUAGCUCCAACAAAAAGGGUGAAAUCAGGUGCUUGGGCAUUCCUCAGGCCCUUUACUUUAAAGAUGUGGGGCGCAACUGUGGCAUUUUUUCUUGUGAUGGGAAUAGUUGUAUGGAUUCUUGAACACAGGGUCAAUAAAGAUUUCCGUGGCUCACCAAGAAAUCAAGUUGUCACCGUUGUCUGGUUUAGCUUCUCAACAAUGUUUUUUGCUCACAGAGAGGAAGUUGUUAGUGUCCUUGGACGACUUGUGCUUGUAGUGUGGCUCUUUGUGGUCCUCAUAGUUAAUUCAAGCUACACUGCGAGCUUGACUUCAAUACUUACUGUACAGCAGCUCUCUUCACCGAUCACAGGAAUUGAGAGUUUGAUAUCAAGUGGGGAGCCGGUUGGAUUCCAAGUAGGAUCCUUUGCUCAGAACUAUCUGAUAGACCUAGGUGUACAAAAGUCUAGGCUGAUUGAACUUGGCUCUCCAGAAGCCUAUGCAGCAGCCUUAGAGAAAGGUCCAGCAAAUGGAGGUGUUGCUGCUGUGGUUGAUGAACGUCCAUAUGUCGAUCUUUUUCUCUCAAAAUACUGCAAGUUCUCUAUUCGAGGAAAUGAGUUUACUAAGAGCAGCUGGGGCUUUGCAUUCCCCCGGGAUUCUCCUUUAGCUGAUGACUUCUCAACUGCCAUCCUAACUUUGGCAGAAAGUGGUGAGCUACAAAGGAUCCAUGACAAAUGGCUGACAAACACAGGUUGCAGUUCACAGAGCACAGAUAUCAGCUCAAAUCAGCUUGACCUAAAUAGCUUCUGGGGCCUCUUUCUGAUAUGUGCAAUUGCAUCAGUUCUUGCACUCUCUGUAUAUUUCCUUAGGAUAUUACGUACGUUCAGCCAGCAAAAUCACCAACCAGAUGUGUCUGCUUAUGCCGAAGGUAACUCUAGGUCGGGAAGUAUGCAAAGAUUUCUUUCGUUUCUUGAUCAGAAGGAUGAAAGCAAGCCGGGUGAAAAACCAACACAGGUAUCUUCUGGGAAUAGCACUGUGGUCAUUGAAGGCUGAAUCAUUGUUUUUAUCAAUUUUCAAGUACCAAGAAAAUUGCAGAAAGUUACAAUGUUAGAUAGUUCAAUACUCUAAGAAUGUCGUAAGGCGCAGGAAGAUCCAGUCCAGUGCAUCACAAAGGCCUUUACAGAAACUACAGUCUUUGUACAGGAAGAUCCAGUCCAGUGCUUCACGAAGGCCUUUACAGAAACUACAGCCCGAGGUUUCUCCAUGUCAUAAGUCCCUCUCAGCUAUAAAAUACAUACAGUACCUGUACUUC